AUGUCAGUUAGAAAGCCACCGCUUGCUUCCAACAGGGGAGGGGCGAAACCCACGGCGUUGCGCAGAAACGAGGCGGGGACGGGGGAUCAGACGUCGCGUGGUGCCAUUCCCAGUGUGCCUAGGCCCGUCCCUCCGCGCAACUACGCCCGACGUGGCAGUGGCAAUCCUUUAGCGCUCAACUCGCAACGCGGAGGCGCGUUGCCGUAUCAGACUACCAAUUCGCUUUUUGCGGGGAGCGUUGCACAGGGCAAAAACGACGAACCCGGCCCUCGCAACGGCAGCAGCGGCAAUAUCUCCCCUGGACAGGAGGAAGAGAGUGUUAGUCCCACCGCUGGCGGGGUAAUGCGUAGUGGAAACGGCCGUGGGCCCGUAGGGCGACGCAUGCAGUUGAAGGCUAGUACGAAGCGGAACUCCAGUGAGAAUGUGGCGGCCGUCUUUGGGGGGUCGCUUCUCAUGGGUGUAGACCGCGCAGGCAACGGCGGUGCCACACGGAAGGUGUUUUCAGGACCACCGUCGUCGCGCGUUCUGGCAAAUCAGGGAGGUGGCGGCGGCGAUGGCGGGCAGUACCGGCCGCACCCACCAGGAAGCGGGGGUCCGAAGUUCAGCGUGCGUCCGAUCCAGUUUGCCCUGAACGCUAAUGGCAACCAGCAGCUGUCGCCGGUGCCACCGCGACCCCCAGGUGCGUUUUCUAAGCCUAAAAACGUCUUGGAGAUCGCACCUGUGCCCUUGCGUCAAGGCAAUAGGCUUUCACAUGACACCGUGGAUCCAUUUGCUACCACGCACGUCCUUAACGGUGUAGGCACACGGCGGGCCUCCUCUGAGCCAGAUGAGGGAGGGACGCGGUGGGGCAAGGACACGUCGUCACCGUUUGCGCUGGCGCCUGUGAAGCUGGAGCAAUUAGCCUUACCACCGCCAACAUCGUCUCCGCGGAUGGCGUCGGAGCCAAGUGCCGCUCCCUCGCGUUACGGCAGUCAAGGUGGUACAAUGGCAAAUGGUGGUAAAUUGUCCGCUGGUGCCCCCGAAGACGGCGCCAACAAAAGCAAUAUUCUUCAAUACGACUUUCGAGUCGUGGCUAGUACAGGGAAGACUUUUAACUCCCCCAUCAAACUCACAGUUGGCGUGGGUAGUCUUCAGGGACUGCGUCCAACAAUGGAGGAUGAACACUUUUUGCGGUUGAAUGCAGCUGUAGCGGCGGGGCAGCCGGUGUCCUUGCUUGGCAUUCUUGAUGGUCACUGUGGUCGUCGGGUGGCUGAGUUGGCGUCAAAGCAUGUACCGGAUAACUUUAUCGCUCACUCAGCCCUUGGUGAGAACAAUGCAUUAGCUUUUGUAGAAUCUAUUAUACAGGCAGAUCGAGCCAUUUUUCAUGCCCUAGGCAAAGGCACAUGUGGUGGAACUGGUGCUAGUUGCGGCAGUGGUGGUGGCUCCACGCUUAUUGCCGCCGCCGUCCAUGGGCGAAUGCUGUACGUGGCCUGUUUGGGCGAUGCCAGGGCGGUGCUGUACGAUGGUAACACAACCAUCCCCAUGAGCGAGGAUCACAAGCCCACCACCAAAAGAGAGCAUACACGUAUUCUUCAGUGUGGCGGGUUUGUCCAGUUUGGUAGGGUGUGUGGCAUACUUGCCGUGAGUCGUGCCUUAGGGGACUACGAAUUUAAGUUCAACGGCAAUAGAUUCAUUGCAAACCGGGAACUAAUGGUGUCGAAUGUGGCCGAUGUUCGCCAAAUCAACUUGACCGAUUCCAGCAAAUUUCUCUUGCUGGCCUGUGAUGGGUUGUGGGAUGUAGUAGAAAACGAGGAGGCCACACAAUUCGUGCGAGACUUCUUAAGUUACACGCCAGAUGUGGGUUCCUCGCCGGAGGCCACGAAGCGUGCGCUUAACAAUUGUUGCCAAAAGCUCGCAGAGUUCGCCGUGGAUCGCGGCAGCACGGACAACGUCUCGGUGAUGUUGUUGUUUUUCCACGACGUGGCCGAAGUGGUGGCGGGGUUUGACCGUCCCGUGGGCGCGGUCGCGGCCCCCCUCCCCGCCCAGGCCGUGUCGCCGCGCCUCAGCGCCCCGAGUCGAGGACCCCCAUUCGGUAGCUCGCUGUUUGACGGAGGCUCGCACACGGCCCGCGGGGCACCGGGGACGAGGCAUGCACUGUUUGGCUCAGUCUCCUCGUGGCAAGGACGCGGUCGCUCUAUAUGGUGA